AAAAUAAUCAUUUGAAAUUGUAUACAUGCUCAUAACUUAUGAGAUUGAAUAAACAAAUAUAGAUUGAAUAAAACAAAACUAAAUGCAAAUUCGUAGCACGAAAGGAUUUGCUACAUGAUAAAAAAGCUUCAUAAAUGAAUAAAAUACAACAAUUUGACAAUUAUAAAGUUUGAAGAUUAGGUGUUCCCAGAUAUAAUGAUCCGGCAAGGAAGCAUAGAUGAUAUCAAUGCCCAACAAUUUCUCAAGAUAUCUAAUUAUGAGGACACAGUCAGACAACUUGAUAUUUACUAUGCAAUAGUAAAAAGACAAUUACUGAGGUUCCAAAGUCCUAUAACUGGAUUAUUUCCAGUUCUAUCUACUGAUCUGAAUGUAGCUAGUGUGAGGGAUAGUAUAUACUGUGCUGCUGCAGUAUGGGGUCUUUACCAGGCAUACAGACGUAUUGAUGAUGACCGUGGUAAAUCACAUGAGCUAGGACAAAGCACAGUCAAGUGUAUGAGAGGUAUCUUAGAGUGCUGGAUAAAGCAGUCGGCUCGUGUGGAAGCUUUCAAAACGAGACAGAGUGCCGCUCAUGCAUUACAUGUCAAAUUUCACCUCACUACCGGAGAACCUGUACUAUCAGACGAAGAGUACCAUCACCUUCAAAUAGAUGUUGUCUCCCUCUAUCUUCUUUUUCUUGUGCAAAUGAUAACAGCAGGACUGCAAAUUAUAUAUACACAGGAUGAAGUAGCAUUUGUGCAGAAUUUAGUCUAUUAUGUAGAAAGAGCAUACAGAACUCCAGAUUAUGGCAUGUGGGAACGAGGUUCUAAAUACAAUGAUGGCAAACCAGAAAUUCACGCAUCCUCUAUAGGGAUGGCAAAAGCUGCUCUGGAAGCAAUAAAUGGCUGCAAUCUGUUUGGUGACAAGGGUGCUUCGUGGAGUGUUGUCUAUGUAGACAUUGAUGCACACAAUCGGAACAGAAGCAUUUUCGAGACAAUGCUUCCACGAGAAUCUAGUUCAAAGGGUGUUGAUGCAGCUUUAUUACCGACCAUAUCAUUCCCUGCAUUCGCUACACAUGAAGAAUUGUUAGUUCAGUUGACAAAGAAUAAUAUUCUCACACGUUUACAAGGGAGAUAUGGUUUCAAACGUUUUAGUCGAGAUGGCUACAAAUGUGCGUUAGAAGAUCCAAACAGGAGGUACUAUAAUGAAGGAGAGUUGAAGGAGUUUGAUGGAAUAGAAUCAGAAUGGCCACUCUUCUAUGUUAUGAUGAUAAUUGAUGGAGUGUUUAGGACUUUACCCGACCAAGUUGAGGAGUACCAAAAGUUGUUAAAGUCUCGGAUUUAUAUGGAUGAAUAUGGAGAUCCCGUAAUUCCUUGGUACUAUUAUGUUCCGCGGGAAGGUGUUGAGAACGAGCGCAGUGAGCCAUACUCCGUUAGAAGGAUACCUGCUAACCAACCGGACGAUAGUAUAAAUAAAGACACGGGGGGUUUAUUCCUGUGGGCGCAGUCGUUGUUCGUGCUGGCGCAGCUGCUGACGGGCGGCUUGCUGCACGUCAAUGAACUGGACCCCAUACGACGAUAUCUGCCCUCUUACAAUCGUCCAAGGCGGGCCGGACGGUACUCCGCUUUUCAGGGUACAGCGACAGAUCUGGUGGUACAAGUGGUGCUUAUCGCGGAGUCGAUGCGGCUGCAGGCCAUGAUGGGCACCUACGGCAUACAGACGCAGACCCCGCAUGAGGUCGAGCCCGUACAGGUAUGCAGUUCUACACAAUUGGUGCAUGUGUAUAGAGAACUCGGAGUCUGCCCGAAGCUGAAAUUGACCGGUCGUCCAAUACGACCAGUCGGCUCGUUGGGAACUAGUAAGAUUUACCGAGUGUGCGGUAUGACGGUGCUCUGUUACCCGCUGAUAUUCGAAGUGUCAGAGUUCUACCUGUACAGGGACAUGGCGCUCUUGAUAGACGAUAUAAAGACUGAAUUGCAGUUUGUGGGCAAGUACUGGCGGCUGUCGGGGCGGCCGACGGUGUGUCUGCUGGUGCGCGAGGAGCACAUGCGGGACCCUCACUUCAAGCAGAUGCUGGACCUGUUCGCGAUGCUCAAGAAGGGCCACUGCGACGGCGUCAAGGUGCGCCUCGGCCGCCUGCAGAACCUCAUCUCCAGCUCUUGUAUAGAGCACCUGGACUUCAUGAGCCAGGGCGAGUUCCCCUCGGAGAUGUUCAGCCAGUUCCGGCAGCUGGAGCACGAGUACAUCGGCUACCAGUCGCUGACGGACGUGCCGCGCACGCUGACGUACCGCGAGGAGGAGCUGCCGUGCGAGCAGCUGGCGCGCCGCCCCACGCCCGACGUGGUGCAGGCGCUGCGCGCCACCGCCAACAUCUUCGCGCAGUGCCAGCUGUGGGGCAUACUGCUCGAGAGGGAGGGACCCAUGUAUGAGGUGAACGGCAAGACAGCACUGGAAUCGCUAAAGGCGCUGUACCACAGCGCUGGCGUGCUGCGUCACUGGCGCGCCGUGCGCUACUGCUCCUCACUCCUCAACCACACCGUCGACUCCAUCAGCCCCUUCAUCACCACUGUGCUCGUUAAUGGGAAACAGCUGACGGUGGGCGUGGUGGGGCGCAAGGAGACGGUGUUCGACAAGCCGCUGACGCCGGGCGAGAUACAGUCCGUCAUGUACUCCACCAUACAGCCCUACGACGUCAUCGGAGCGGUGCUGCAGCAGGAGAUAGUGCUGUACUGCGGGCGGCUGAUCGCCACCAACCCGGACAUGUUCCGCGGCAUCCUGAAGAUCCGCGUGGGCUGGGUGCUGGAGGCCAUCCGCGCCUACCUGCGCCUCAGCCCCGAGCCGCGCGCGCGCGCCCCGCUCGAGAGCCUCUCCCCCUACCGCCUGCGCACGCUGCUGCAGCAGGUCCUCACCGUCUCCGACUGGGCAGAGGAACGGGGACUGACUCCCCUGCAGCGCCGAGAACUGGAGGGCUGCCUGUGUCGUGUGCCCAAACAUUUCUACAUACAAGUGUGGGAUAUACUCCUGCGCACGCCCAAAGGAAUUAUUGUACAGGGCCACGCGAUCCCCGCGCAGCCGACGCUGGUGAACAUGUCGCGGUCGGAGCUGUCGUUCGCGCUGCUGGUGGAGGCGGCGCUGGUGCGCGUGGAGUCCGCGGCGCGCCGCCAGCUGUGCGUGGAGCUGCUGUGCGUGCUGGCUACCAUCCUGCGCCGCAACCCCGAGCUCUACCUGCAGCAGCCCCUCGACCUCGACCGCCUGCUGGACGACGCGCACUACACCUACGCCAAGGACAGCGGGUUGCCGGAGAGCGAGGCGCUGGGCGGGGCGGGUGCGGGGAGCGCGGGGGGCGCGCUGAGCGCUGCGUCGCCCGCAGUGACGCUGGGCUACUUGGCGCGCGCCGUCGUCAACAGCGUGCUGCAGGCCGCCGCCGCGCCGCAUCUGCACCACGCCGCUGACGACUCCUGCCUUGUCGCGUAGAACAAUUUACACAUUCAAAAAAUAUACAGAGACAUAGUGUAGGUACUUACUCCGAAAAAACUACCGAAAAAAAUCAGUUGUCAAAUUUAGUAUGCUAUAGUGUCCUUGUAUUGACAUGUUAUGAAAUAUUUUACUAAAUUAAAAUAAGCUCCAACUUUUGUUAUAAACUAAAUAGUGUU